UCAUUAGUAGAAAUUAAUGGCCGUAUUCGUACUUUUCGGGUUAAUUUACUUUUGAUUUAUACUAAAACUCACAGAAGGAACUGUAAUUAGUUUACAAUUACGUUUAUUACAUUUUAUGCUCGAAGUUCGUGAAUGUGUCUGUGAAUCAAAUCGGUGAAGUUUCGCGGAAUGUUUCCGCUAACACCUCCAGUGGUUAAGCGACUUCUGGGGUGGAAAAAAGGUCCCGAAGGUACGUCGACUGCAGAAGACAAGUGGUCAGAGAAGGCUGUAAAAAGUCUUGUGAAAAAAUUGAAGAAAAGUGGCGCUAUUGAAGAACUAGAAAAGGCUUUAUCUAAUCAAAACAGCCACACUAAAUGCGUAACGAUCCCAAGAGUUAAGCUAAAUGACAAUGGUGUCAAUGGUCAGUACAGAAAGGGUUUGCCGCAUGUGGUCUACUGCAGGCUGUGGCGGUGGCCGCAGCUUCAGAGUCAGCAUGAAUUAAAACCUGUUGACCACUGUGAGUUUGCAUAUCAGCUGAAGAAAGACGAAGUGUGUGUCAACCCUUACCACUACAAUAAGAUUGACUCGCCUGCUCUGCCACCAAUACUGGUGCCUCGCUGCCCCGAGGGCGAAGUCCGAGCUCCCCCGCCCUAUGUGGACUACCACCACCACGAGAUCACAGAUAACAACGUGAUGCAGAGCGGCGGCGUGGUGGGCGUGGGCGGCGUGGGCGGCCACAGCACCCUCUACCUGGAGGCCACCGUGGGCCAGCAGGUGCCCAGCAACACCACCGUACAUCUGGGUGGGUCGACGGUGGAGACUCCGCCGCCGGGCUACAUGAGCGAGGACGGAGACCCCAUGGACCACAACGACAACAUGCAGCUGACGCGCCUUACGCCGUCGCCGCUGUCGGGCGCGGAGGCGGCGCCCGUGCUGUACCACGAGCCGGCGUUCUGGUGCAGCAUCAGCUACUACGAGCUCAACACGCGCGUCGGCGAGACCUUCCACGCCUCGCAGCCCUCCAUCACCGUAGAUGGCUUCACCGACCCCAGCAACAGCGAGCGGUUUUGCCUGGGGCUGUUGUCCAACGUGAACAGGAACGAGGUGGUGGAGCAGACUCGGAGACACAUCGGCAAAGGCGUGCGUCUCUACUAUAUUGGCGGCGAGGUGUUCGCGGAGUGCCUGAGCGACUCGUCGAUAUUCGUGCAGAGCCCGAACUGCAACCAGCGAUACGGCUGGCACCCCGCCACUGUAUGUAAGAUUCCGCCCGGCUGCAACCUGAAGAUCUUCAACAACCAGGAGUUCGCGGCGCUGUUGACGCAGUCCGUGUCGCAGGGGUUCGAGGCGGUGUUCCAGCUCACGCGCAUGUGCACCAUCCGCAUGAGCUUCGUUAAGGGAUGGGGGGCUGAGUACAGACGGCAGACGGUGACGUCGACGCCGUGCUGGAUCGAGCUGCACCUGAACGGGCCGCUGCAGUGGCUGGACCGCGUGCUCACGCAGAUGGGCAGCCACCCUCACCCCUGCUCCUCCAUGUCCUAGGCCGAUUGACGAAACGAGAAGCUCUAAAAUUAAUGAUAAGCACAUAAAAGUAAAAAGUAGUUUUGAUAAAUGUAGCUCAAACAAUUGAUUACCUCAACAUGUCGUAACUCGUAUAAUAUGUUUGAUACAGACUUUACCGUGUCACAUUACUGUGACGUAUUUUGAAAUGCGUUUUGCUUUAUAUUUUGAAUUAUUGUUUCUCGAUUCAAAAUAUUAUUUUCCUAUAAUGUGCCACAAUACAUUUAACAACGAGAUUUGUAAUAUAAUGUUAGUUUUAUGUUUGAACGAUCGCAGACUUCACACGUUUUCAUAUUCUUAUCCAAGUCAAACUGUGUCUAUUUUCGUUUAUUUCGUAACUUAUAAAUAAUCAUCUUUUAAGGGCACAGUCAGCAUAUAUUUUUUUUGUAUUAUAACAAUGCUAACUAAUCUUUUUAUUAAAUAUCAUUUUAAAAUAAUACUAUAAUCAUGUUGUUCGAAAAACGAUAUCGGUUUUAUUUUUUAUAUUUUAAUAAAAAAUCACAUAGAUAGAAUUAUUGUUUAUUAUGCUUUAAGACUAGAUGAUAAAUCAUUGUAAUUUUGUGUCGGAUCGGUCGAGAGAGGUGGCAGCGGAGGUGGAAUAGGGCUAUGAAUAUUAUAUUACUUCAAUUAAUUUUAUAACCGGACUCCUGUCUAUCCGCUUAGUUAAGUUGCUAUACACAUUUUGUUACAUUAUAUACUCCGGUUUUAAAGUAUACGUAGCUACAAAAGUAGGUUCAAUAUUGAAGUACACUGUAACUUUCGUUCAAAAAUCUCGACUCGACGGAGUCGCUAAUAUUAUCUAUUUAUAAACGAUUGGUAAAUAAAUGAAACGGACAUGUUAAAGAUAUAUUUUAAUAUAAGUAUUUGAAUGUUGGUUGUAUGUUACGAAUUAAUAGCAUAAAAAAUCUAAUUGUAAUCGAUACUAAAAUAUUUGCUGAGAAAUAUUGGCAGUUGAAAGUUUAAUAUUAAAGAUGUUGAAAUGCAGAUAAUUUUAUACCAGUUUACUGUGUUUAUUGAGGUCAGCACAAAAAUUGUUAAUUAGAAACUCACGUAUGUUAUGAACAUAUCCCAUAAAUGCUAUUAAUUCGACGGGGGAAGGUAUAUUGGGAAUGUGUUAUUGUUCUUUACAUUCUCCGAUCAUUUUUAAUUUAUUCACGGAUGCAGAUAUGAAACUAAAAAGUUUGUUUUAUGACAUAAUUUUUGACAUCGCAUCGACGAUCGAUUUUAGUGACCUACGCCGAAAUUUUGGAAGGUAUCUGGGGGGAAAGAAUCGGAUAGAUCACUAAAAUCGGUCCGACCACAUAAUCGUAAAGGAGUCGAAGCUCCAUAAACUAGUCAAGUAAAUUAUAAGAGGUAUUUUACACAUUGAUAUAUAAUAUAAUACAUUCUCAUGAGUGCGGCAAUAUCACGGAUCGGUGCUAGAAGGUUCAGGGCGUUAGUGUUGUGAGAUCGCUACCGUCACGGCUGUAGUGUAGUAGGGUUGUUAGUGAGCGGCGCGCGCGCACGUCAUACUCAUACUGGAAUUAUUAUUCGUCUAAAAUAUAUUUCUAAAGGAAUAAGGGCGUUUUCCCAGUACCCAAAUCGAGAAAGACAAAAUUUAUAUGACGCAUAAAAUAUUAAGUAUCCAUUUAUUCUCGUUCUCGGCCCGAUAUCGGAUAUCGUAUAUAAUAGUUGGAAAAUGUUCUAUUAUUGAGAAAUUAUCACACUAAUUGUAUAUUAUGCCAUGUGAGUCUGGCGCGCACGGAGCGCCUAAUAGUUUGUGUUGUUUAAAUGUUGAAAAAUAAUGUUUACCGGUUUUAUCCCAGUCUACGCGUAACGUUUCGAGAUGUUAUAAUAUAAUUUGUAUUAGUUUUAUUGCACGGUCCCCGUCCGAGCGCGGCGGACGAUUCUGUACGCUAAGUCAUUAUUGUAACGUACUCCUAGUUAUCUAAGUAUCAUAUUAUUCUUGCGUCAUUGCUUUUUCAUAUUUUUUAUUCGUGUUACGUUAGAACUUUUUUUCUAAUUAUAAGUAUAAUUAUAUUAAAAUUAAAUAUACGAUUGUACGUAAUAUGAUAUGAUAUAGUUUAUUGAAUUAAAUCUUUCGUUCGUGUCGAUCACGCAGCUCCGGCGUCUGUGAAGUGUAAAUAUUGUUUAAGAGUUAAUUGAAAUUGAAUAUACAAAUAUAACGCAAUAAUAUACGAAUAAUAAAAAUUAUAUUACUUUUGAAGUUUAUACCUUUACAGUCCAAAGCAUGCAUAUCCCCGCACUAGGUGUCCUCCAGGGCUCUAUAUUCGUUAUACAAGUAAUCAUUAAUAUUUGUGAUGUGAUAUUGUGUAUUUAACUUUUUUGUAAUGUUACUCGUUUAGAAUUGUGUUGAAUUCUUUAAUCGUUUAUUGCAUUUUAUACCGAUUAAUAUUCUUAAUAAGUUUGUAACGUACGUAGUGUUUAAACGAAAUUUAAAACUUGGCUUCCAAUGAUCAUUUGCGUUUUCCGUUAGCGAUCUCACAGUCGGAAGUGAGAAUUGUGUAAAAACAAAAACCCUACAAAUAAAUGAGUGGUUUGAAAUAA